AUGGUCCAGCAGCUUUGUCUCUGGAAAUGGUUCACAGUGGGGACGGCACUUGCUGCUGUCCUGGCAUGGGCUCUGGCCCAGAAUGAUGAAGAUUGCAAGUUGGCCAGAACAGGUCCUCCAGCCACAAUAGUUCCCAUUGACGAGGAGAGUCGCAACGGCACUAUCCUGGUUGACAACAUGCUGAUCAAAGGGACAGCAGGAGGGCCUGACCCCACCAUCGAGCUCUCCCUGAAGGACAAUGUGGAUUACUGGGUGAUCCUGGACCCCAUCAAGCAGACCUUGUACCUGAACAGCACCGGCCGCGUGCUGGACAGAGAUCCGCCGGUGUCCAUCCAGUCCAUCGUGGUGCAGGUGCAGUGUGUGAACAAGAAGGUCGGCACCAUCAUCAACCACGAGGUUCGGAUCGUGGUGCGGGACCGCAACGACAACUCCCCGCAGUUCCAGCAGCAGCGCUACUACGUGGCCGUCAACGAGUUAACUCCAGUUGGAACAACCAUCUUCACAGGAUUUUCUGGAAACAAUGGUGCUAUUGACAUUGAUGAUGGUCCCAAUGGCCAGAUAGAAUAUGUCAUCCAGUAUAAUCCUAAUGACAAGACUUCCAACAGGACCUUUGAUAUUCCUCUCACUUUGUCCGGAGCAGUAGUUCUGAGGGAAAGACUAAAUUAUGAAGAAAAGACUCGUUACUUUGUCAUUGUUCAAGCCAAUGACCGAGCCCAAAACCUGAACGAGCGAAGGACGAGCACGACCACCCUGACUGUGGAUGUGCUCGAUGGGGACGAUUUGGGACCAAUGUUCCUCCCCUGUGUGCUGGUGAACAACACCCGGGACUGCAGACCCCUCACCUACCAAGCCAGCCUGCCAGAGCUGACAGAUCCUACCCGUGUGAAUCCCAUCAGUGUCACUCCACCCAUCCAAGCCAUAGAUCAGGACCGAAACAUCCAGCCUCCUUCUGAACGACCUGGCAUCCUCUAUUCCAUCCUAGUUGGUACUCCUGAGGAUUAUCCCCAGUAUUUCCAUAUGAAUCUCACAACGGCUGAACUGACGCUCCUCAAGCCGGUAAACAGGGAUUUACACCAGAAGUUUGACUUGGUUAUUAAGGCUGAACAAGACAAUGGCCAUCCUCUCCCUGCCUUUGCCAAUCUCCACAUCGAGAUCCUGGAUGAGAACAACCAGAAGCCUUAUUUCACACGGUCUACCUAUGAGGGCUUCAUCCUGGAAUCCUCUCCAGUGGGAACGACCAUCUCAGAUAACCGGAACCUGACCUCCCCCCUGCAGGUCGUGGUGCUGGACAACGACGUGGAAGAGACCAAGGAUCCGCAGGUCCAUCUCUUCCUGAACGACUACACCACGUUUUUCACUGUGACUCAGAGUGGCAUCACCCGCUACCUCACCCUGCUGCAGCCUGUGGACAGGGAGGUCCAGCAGCUCUACACCUUCUCUAUGACAGCUUCUGAUGGAGUCCAGGAGAGUGUCCCAGUGACUGUCAACAUCGUGGUGAUCGAUGCAAAUGAUAAUUCCCCAACCUUCUCCAACAUCUCCUACAGUGUCAAGAUCUACACGGAUAUGAGGCCUGGGGAGGGUGUUAUAAAGCUGACGGCCGUGGACGCGGACGAGGGAGCCAAUGGCCAGAUAGUGUAUGAAAUCCUGGCCGGGGAUCAGGGAGACUUCACCAUCAAUGAGCACACAGGCCUGAUCACCAUCGCUCCAGGAGUGGUGCUGGCAGUGGGGCGCUCCUACGCCCUCACGGUCAGAGCGUCUGACAGUGCCCCCCCUGCACAGAGAAGGAGCUCCAUCACCACUGUUUACAUCGAGGUGCUGCCUCCCAACAACCAGAGCCCUCCACGCUUCCCACAGCUGAUGUACAGCCUGGAAGUCAGCGAGGCCAUGAGGAUCGGCGCUGUUCUGUUAAACCUGCAGGCUUUCGAUAGAGAGGGAGACCCCAUCAAAUACCUCAUUCAGAAUGGAGAUCCUCAACAAGUUUUUAAUCUCUCUCAAAGCUCUGGCCUGCUGGCCUUGGGAAAGCCCCUGGACAGAGAGAGCACUGACCGCUACAUCCUCAUCGUCACAGCCUCGGACGGCAGACCUGACGGGACAUCAACUGCUACUGUCAAUAUAGUGGUGACAGAUGUCAAUGACAACGGACCAGUUUUUGACAUGUUUCUUCCCAAAAACCUCUCUGUGCAGGAAGAGGAAGCCAAUGCUUUUGUUGGUCAAGUAAGGGCUACAGAUGCAGAUGCUGGGGUCAAUGGUCAAGUCCAUUACAGCCUGGCAAACUUCAACAACCUUUUCCGGAUCACCUCCAACGGCAGCAUUUACACAGCAGUGAAACUGAACAGGGAAGUGAGGGAUUACUACGAGCUCAUCGUGGAGGCGACAGACGGAGCUGUGGACCCCCGGCGCUCCACGCUCACCUUGGCCAUCAAGGUGCUGGAUAUUGAUGACAACAGCCCUGUGUUUACCAACGCCUCCUACACUGUCUGCGUGCCAGAAAAUCUCCCACCAGGAACUGUCUUCCUGCAGCUGGAGGCCAAAGACGUGGACCUGGGUGCUGAUGUGAACUAUAGGAUCCGCACUGAGGAAGCCCAGCAGUAUUUUGCCCUGGACAAGCACACAGGAGAGCUGUCACUCCGGAAGUCCUUGGAUUAUGAGUCCUUCUCUGACACAGAAGCAACCUUCACCUUCCUCGUGGAAGCCUUCGACAGCAAGGGCACCAUGCCUCCUGGGCUGGCCACUGUCACAGUCAGAGUCAAGGAUAUGAACGAUUACUCGCCAGUGUUCAGCCAGAAGCUCUACAGGGGAAUGGUUGCUCCUGACGCAGUCAAGGGCACAGUUAUCACCACGGUCUCAGCUGAGGAUGAGGAUCCCCCGGGCACCCCAGCAAGUUGGGUCCGCUACAAGGUGGAUGUUGUCCAGUUUCCCUACAGUGCCAGUAUUUUUGAUGUGGAGGAAAACUCUGGACGUGUUGUCACCCGAGUGAACCUCAAUGAAGAGCCCAGCACAGUGUUCAAGCUGGUGGUCAUUGCCUACGAUGAUGGGGACCCAGUGAAGUUCAACACCACCACGGUUGAAAUUGCAGUGCUGCAGCCCUCAGUCAUCCCACGCUUCACACAGGAUGAAUACAGACCUCCCCCAGUGAGUGAAAGUGCCCCGAAGGGAACCGUGGUCACCGUUGUCACCGCAGCCGCCCUGAACCAGACAGUUGUGUACUCCAUUGUGUCAGGGAAUGAAGAGGAUGUGUUUGCCAUUAACAACAGAACAGGAGUGAUCUCUGUGAAAAAGCCUCUGGAUUAUGAAAGUGUCCAAAGUUAUGAGCUCCGAGUGCAGGCAGACUCACUGCAGGUGGUGAGAUCCAACCUGCGGGUCCCCUCCAAAAGUAAUACAGCCAAGGUCUUUAUUGAAGUGAAGGAUGAAAAUGAUCAUGCACCUGUUUUUACCAAAAAAAUGUACAUUGGAGGGGUGUCUGAAGAUGCCAGAAUGUUUUCUUCUGUGCUUAAAGUGAAGGCUGAUGAUAAGGACACUGGGAAUUACAGUGCCAUGCAAUACAGGCUCAUCAUUCCCCCCAUCAAGGAUGGCAAGGAAGGCUUUGUGAUCGAGGCUUACACGGGGCUGAUCAAAACUGCCAUGCUCUUCAAAAACAUGAGGAGAUCCUAUUUCAAGUUCCAGGUCAUUGCCACUGACGAUUACGGCAAAGGACUGAGCAGCAAAGCAGAAGUGCUCGUCUCUGUGGUCAAUCAGCUGGACAUGCAAGUGAUCGUCUCCAAUGUCCCUCCCACCCUCGUGGAGCAAAACAAAGACCAACUCAUUGGGAUUUUGGAACGCUAUGUCCAGGACCAGAUUCCGGGGGCGACAGUCGUGGUGGAAUCCAUUGGAGCACGGAGGUUUGGGGAUGGAUAUUCUGAGGAGGAUUACACCAAGUCUGACCUCAUGGUCUACGCCAUCGACCCACAAACCAACAGAGCCAUCAUGAGGAACGAACUUUUUAAGUUCCUGGAUGGCAAACUGCUGGAUAUCAACAAGGAGUUCCAGCCCUACCUGGGCCAGGGUGGGCGAAUCCUGGAGAUCCGCACACCAGACGUGGUGGCCAACGUGAAGAAGCAGGCGCAGGCCGUGGGCUACACGGAGGGAGCACUGCUAGCCCUGGCUGUCAUCAUCAUCCUGUGCUGCAUGCCAGCCAUCCUCAUCGUCAUGGUCAGCUACCGGCAAUUCAAAGAGCGACAGGCUGAGUGUGCCAAGACUGCGAGGAUCCAGAUGGCUCUUCCAGCAGGAAAACCAACAGGAGCCGUGGCAAACAACCUCUAUGAGGAGCUUGGAGACAGCACCAUGCGAGGAUAUGCACAGCAGGAGCAGCAGCAAUUGCUGAGACCUUCUCUUCUCAGACCAGAGGAGUUGAGUAUGGAGUCUGGAAUUGAUCCAGGGCAGGAAUACUAUGGCCAGGAUUACUACAGUUAUGAGCACGGGUACGAGCUGCCGCAGUACGGGAGCCGCCGGCGCCUGCUGUCCCCGUCGGGCAUGUACGAUGAGUAUGGCGAGGUCGUGGUGGAGAGUGACGGUGGCUACUACUACAGUCCCCAUGGGCCAGCAGCAGAGGAGGGCAUGAGUCCAGUCAGAGGCCCUCCCAGCAGAGGGCCUCAAAUGGAAGGGAGACCUGUAGGUGUUGGGAUGGAUCUCAGCCAGGGUCCUGGAAGAGGAUUUAGGAGCAGCCAGGGAAAAAGGAGGCUAAAGGCAGUGAUGCAUUUAAGUCGCGUGGCAGUCAGUGCCCACAAACCUGUAGGAAGAGCUGAGUCUGCCCGUUCCCGGUGGAAGAAAGCAAAGAUAUUCCCAAUGAUCCUGCAGAAAGUAAAAGGCAGGAAAGAUUCCAGCUAUGCCAAGCUGCUGUCAGCUCGCCAAGCAGACGGGGACAAACCCAUGAUGAUCAGGGGAAGCUACUUCCAGAAAUCCACGGAUGACAGGCCCUCCAUGAGAAAACUAAACCACGUGUUGAAGCGCAUCAGCGUCUCCAGAAAAUUCCAGGAGGGCCUUGGCAAGGAUUUGGCACGUGGAGAGGAAGGGUCUGAAAGGGAUGAAGCCAAGUCAGGAGUUUCAAUCAGUAUCACGGCAGAGAGUGAGCAGGAGGACAGUGACUAUGAGAAGAGGAGGAAGAAGAGGAGGAGGCGCACCUCGGAUGAGUCCUCUGAGAAGAGCAGCAGCUCCGGCUCCGAGUCAGAAGACAAAGACUACUUGAAAAUAACCCUGGAUCAGGAUGAGGCCACAGAAAGCACCGUGGACUCGGAUGAGGAAACUGGGGAUUUGGAGGAUUCUGAUGAGGACUCUGAAUCCAGCUCCAGCAGUGAGUCAGAGGAGGACUCAUCGGAAGAGGAUAAUGAUGAGGAAGACUCUGAGAGCGAUGAGGAUGGCAGCCUGUCCAAGAGCUCAUCCACACGGAGCUCCUACAGCAGGUCAGGGACCAGUGAGUCCAGCAGCAGGAGAAGCACAGAAAUGUCCAGUGUAAAAAGCAGGGCAGGCAGCUCCCGUGGCAAACGCUCCAGCCAGAAAUCCGUGAGCUCCACUGCCUCAGGUAGUGACAGGGAUACGAGCUACAAGAAAACCUCAGGAUCCAGCUACAAGAGCAAAACCUCCUCUGCCAGUGUGGAAAUAGAGGACACCAUAGAAGAGGUGUCAGAAGAAGAGGAAGAGGAGAGAGCAGAUAACUCAAACAAGGCAGUUUCUAAAACUGCCGAUGCAAAAGCUGCUGGAAAGGGCAAGGGAGGACACUCAGCUGCUCCUGGUGAGGACAGCGAGGAGGAAAGUGAGGAAGAGGUUGAUCCAGAGGACAGUGACAGAGAGGACACUACCAGUAAGAAUGAAUCUUCUUGCCUAGACAGUGAAAUCAGUGCAACUUCCAAAGGUACCACAGGGACAAAAAGCUCAGGUAGUGCCGUGUCUGGGAAAACUGCCACGUCCCCUGAGACUGAGACUCAGAGCUCUGACACCAACAGGAAAGGAAUGAAAACAAGGAAAAAGGUGUCCCAGGAAAGCAGCCAGGCCAAGUCAGAUGAGCCCUUGGGUACUGGAAUUACGGAGCCAGAGGCCACGGGUGAUUCCACCUCCUUUUAA